GUCCCACCUAACACACACACACACACGAGCGGUGAGAGAGAGCGAAUCCAACAUGGCUGAAGCGGAGGAAAGCGAGCUAACUUCUGGAGGAAUUUUCCAGGAGAUUUUCACGUCUCCUCUGAACCUGACGCUGCUGAGCCUCUGCUUGUUCCUCCUCUACAAAAUCUUCCGCGGGGACAAACAGCCGGACCUCGGCGAGGUGGAGCCACAGCUGCCCAAACUGAAAAAGAGAGAUUUUACCCUCGCAGAUUUGAGUCCCUACGAUGGACUGCAAGAUCCGAGGAUCCUCAUGGGUGUCAACGGGAAAGUGUUCGACGUGACCCGGGGAAAGAAGUUCUACGGACCAGGUACGUGAACGUUACAGAAACUGACCCCC